AUCACCGAAGAAAUGGAUGGUAACGCUUCCAACCCCUUCACUACAGUUUGCCCUCAUGUGGUGGCUCCUGUUAAUGACGUUUCGACUGAUGCUACUCCGGCUCCUGUUGAUGCUCCUCCGGCUCCUAUUGAUGUUGCACCUCAAAGACCCGAUUGA